AUGAAACAAUCAGAAGAAAAUAAUUAAAAUUAAUAAGACACAAUCAACGACUAUAAUAAUAAUAUUUUCAAAUCUUAUAAUCCCUAAUUUAAUCAUUAAGAUUCUAACUUAAAAUUUUAUUCAAUAAUUUCUGAUCGAUCUUCUUAAUUGAAAAGUUAAAUGUUAAAUGUGUAAUAUAAUUGUGAGUAUUGUCAGAAAAAAGUGGAAAAACAAUAAAUAAUUUUACAAUGCCUACACACAUAUCAUGAGGAUUGCCUUAAAGAAUUUUUUUAAAAUUAAAUAUUAUAAAAGAAACCUAUAUUAAAUUGUUUGUGUAAUAAUAAGAUCACAAAUAUAAAUAAAAUGAAAUUUUUAGAAGAUAGAUUGUUAUAAUAAUUAUAUAAGAAUCAAUUAAAUGCUAUAGAAGAGAAGUACUAAAAUAAAUUUAGAAAGUGUAAUAAAUGUCGAUUUAUGCAUAUAGAAGAAAAAUAAAUGUAAUAAUAGCAAAAGAUUUGUUAUUAGUGUGGAAUUGAAGCCCAUUAUUGA